GAUUGCCCGCCCUUUUUCCCCCAAGCAGGUUUGCGUGCGCGCUCCAGAGGAGAAAAUGCCCUUCUUAACGAAAGAGAGCAGUGAUGGCAGAGAAAGGUGAACGGGCGAUCUGGAAAGCAAUUACUCGGAAAGGCUAUGUCCUUUAGUUCACAGACCGUGUUUCGACACUUGAAGCUGUUCUCAUGUUAAGGCAGACACUACGGUGUCGGUGACGAGGGUGUCAAGCACAAAAAUGUCAAUGAGAAGGACAGAGGGUGUCUCAAUCAUUCAAGCCCUGGCCAUGACGAUGGCAGAAAUCCCUGUGUUUCUUUAUUCCACAUUUGGGCAGUCCAUUUUUUCUCAACUGAGAUUGUCCCCGAGCUUGAAGAAAGUACUGUUUGCAACAGCUCUGGGUAGCGUGGCAUUGGCUCUCACCGCACACCAGCUUAAAAGACGGAGAAGGAAGGGCAAACAGCUGACCCAAGGCAAGAAUGAACAGAAACAACAGGCCACUUCAGCCUCCGUGCUCGGGAUGGGGCGAUCCACAUCUGUGAAGAAAGCACCACUACAAGGCCGAAGGGUAACGAGCCCCAGCACUCGGAGCAAUGACACACUUAGUGGCAUCUCCUCCAUUGGUCCCAGCAAGAAUUCAAGCUCCUCGCACAGCCUAACUUCGAUGCGGGUUCCACCUUCCCCAAAUCACACCAGCAAUAAUAAUGUUGCCCCAUGGGAGAAUGACGCUGUUGAAGAAGAACUUGGCGUGGGAGAGGAUGCAAAUGCUGAAAACCUCUACAUCCUGGGAAUGGAGCUUUUUGAAGAAGCCCUCCAGAAGUGGGAGCAGGCCCUGAACAUUCGUCAAAGAAGCGGAUCAGGCGUUUCGGACAGUAGCAACAGUCUGAUUCCAAAAGGAGCCCAAGCUGCUCCUGAGGUAGUCGAGUCGCGAAACAAGGUGUUUGCUGAGAAGCUGGAGUCACUUUUACACCAAGCAUACCACCUCCAAGAAGAAUUUGGAGCGACUAUUCCUCCAGACACCCUUCUAGCAGAUUUUGAGAGUGAAGAGACCCUCAUUCUGCCUAUCGCAGAUGGCUGUGAACGCCUGCAUUUGGAUGAUGAGACCAGCAUAACCUCAGAUGACUCCUUCUUCUCUGCAGCAGAGCUCUUUGAUACUCUUUCAUUUGGGGAAGAAAUCCUCCAACCCCCAAAGCCGGGGGCCCUGUAUGAAGAGGCACUUGCAUUAGCAAGGGAAGGAAAGAUCCGCUGCCGGACAUUACGAUCAGAUAUCUUGGAAUGUUACAGUGACCAGGAUUUUCUAGCAAAGCUGCAUUGUGUCCGGCAGGCAUUCCAGCUUUUGUUCUUGGAUGACACCUACCGGCUGUUUUUCAGCGAGAUUGGGAAGCAGAUGAUCGCAGGCCUUAUGACCAGAGCAGACAAGAAUACCAAAGGAUUCUUAGAAAGCUAUGAAGAAAUGCUGAGAUAUACACAGAGGGAAGAGACCUGGGCCACCACUAAGAUGGAGCUGGAAGGAAGAGGGGUUGUCUGCAUGAACUUCUUUGACAUUGUGCUUGAUUUUAUCCUGAUGGACGCCUUUGAAGAUCUGGAAAAUCCCCCGGCCUCUGUUGUUGCUGUUCUCCGUAACCGCUGGCUGUCUGACAGCUUCAAGGAGACGGCACUUGCAACAGCUUGUUGGUCAGUGUUAAAGGCAAAGAGACGUCUUCUCAUGGUUCCCGACGGCUUCAUUUCCCAUUUCUACUCCAUUUCUGAGCACGUUAGUCCUGUUUUGGCAUUUGGAUUCCUGGGCCCCAAGCAGCAGCUUUCUGAAGUGUGCCGAAUAUUCAAGCAACAUAUCGUCCAGUUCCUAAAGGACAUGUUUGACCUUGAUAAAGUGUCCUAUGCAUCAGUUCAGACGCUGGCCGACGACUUGAUGCAGUUGUCCCGGAGACGAAGUGAAAUUCUGCUCGGUUACCUGGGCAUGGAGAGCCUGAUGGAGCCCAAUGGGUCCGUCUUGCUGGGAAACGGAACUUCAGGACUGAACUGAGGAAGACUCUUCGUGGUUUUUGUUUUUUUGUUUUUUUUCUUUUUCAGUAAAUGUGCUUCCACACUGGGAGAGAAAUUCUGCUGAAGACCUUUGGUCUUUUUACCUUACAGAUGCUUGUCAUUAAUCACUCUGCUCCUUCACUUGGCACUGCAUGAGUGCCCUCUCCAGGACAAGGUUUGGCAGGGGGACAUCUUAAUCAUGGAUGAUGACCUCUCCAUUUUGGUUUUUCUUCUUUUUUUAAUAUUUGGGUGGGAGGAUUCUUGCAAACACUGGAAGGCAUUCCCACAAAUGAUCUACCUGUGCAUUAGGAGUGGACACCUUUUGCCUUACAAUUAAAAUGAGAUUCUUUGGAAUAAAAAACAUUAGAGACAAGGCCUAGGGUCCAAGCAAAUUUUGGAAGAACUCCCUUUUUUUAAAUUGGACAUUGGGACAUUUCAUUUACCUGUAACCCCUCAGUAGAAUCGAGACCCAGGUACACGGCGUCGAACUUGACCUGUGCUGUGAUUUGCACGGUAGGCUGGCAUCUGCAGAUGAAAUAAAGACCCUCAUCUUAGGAGCGUGCAGUUUGCAGUUCAGUUUGAGAUCCUCCUCUUUAUGGAUGCCCCCCUGCGCUCUGCUGGAUUCCUUCCAUGAUGUGUCUGCCGGGUGGUCACAUGACUAAAAGCUUGGUUGGCUGAAUGUAAGCCACAGGACAGAGUGACUUUGUUAAGAAGCUCGGUGACAACAUGAGAGACUUGGCUGACUGUGAAGGGAGGAAGACAUAAAGAGGACCAACCGUCAUGUGCUGCUCAGAAGGCCAGAGUGCUGGCGUCUGCCGUGUGACCUGUAGUUAAGACAUUGGCUGAUGGUUAGAGGGGCUCAGGACUAUCCAGAUUCCUCCAAGGUCUACAGUCCUGUACCCCCGCAGUGUGUAAAUCAAGGACUUAAAAAGGACAAGAAGGAGAAGGUGAGCACCAGUCAUGGGGACCCAGUCGUCCUGACCCGGCACAAAGGUGAACUGAAGAGGGAUCGCUACGGAGAGUUGUGUCCAGAAGGAUGGGGAAAGCGCAGGGAUUUUGGAUCGUGGAUGAACUUUGGUGCAUUUUGGAGGGUGCGCUUUACUCACUGCCUUCUGCUUUCCAGCGUUUGGGACGGGGAACAUGCAGCACCGAAAUAUCAGAAUAACAAAAUGGAAAGAAACGACCUGAUGACAUGAAAUCGUAACCUACUCAAUGUGUGUCCGCAUCAAGUCUCAUUUGUGUUUGGUUCUGCAUUUUAACUUUUAGCCAGUGCUUUGGAUGUGGCUGCAGAUGAGAGCCCCCUGUGAAAGAAAAGGAGAACGUAACGUCCCACCCUGCCCGAUUAAAGCUGUUGUGUAAAAAUGUACACCCAGUGGGGGGGUAUGGAUUGGUAAUGGACCUGUGACGUCUUGGGGGUCUCGUCCCUCCAUGGGUUUUAAAGCAGGCUCGGCCUGAGGGACGUUGCUAGUCCUGAUCUCGGCGUGGCACAGGAUGGUCAGUAACUCUGAUGUUUUUAACUUUGCUGUUUUAGAUGAUCGCUGAAGCCUUUCUUCAAGUAUAAACUCCAGACGUAGAGAGAAGGCCUGGCCCAGUGAUCCUCUCUGUCUGCAGACGUUGCCAUCGCACUCAUUAGAUGUGUGUUACAUUGAAAUCUCACUCUGUGCCCGUAAAGGUCGUCUCUCAUUGCACUAUUGGUUCUCAGGUAGGCGAGUCAGCUGCUGCUAGUGGGCGUUGAGUUUGAACUGAAAACGGGGCACAAAUGAGGCAGAGGAGGAGACGCGGACGGGGAAAAAAAGCUUAAAGGCAGGGCUGAUUGGAGGUGAUGGGGGGGUCCGGCACAAUAAAAAUAACUGAAGGGUGGGCAGGCUGCUCUACGGACACAAGUCACUUCUGUGUGAUGGCACUUAAUGGCCACCUGGGGGUUACCUUUAUAGCUGGGAGCUUCAUUUUAAAGGCCGCUUUUGGUGUUGGUAGAAGACGUGAUCUGAAACUUUGGUCAGUUUGUGUUUUACUUCCACUUUAAAUCCCCACUCGUGUCUCUUUAUUUCUUCAUUUUUAUAUGGGAUCGUCUGCUUUAAAUAAGAACGUUUGAAAUCUAGAGGGGCUGGCACAUGACAGACAAAGGUGAAAAUCCGUAGCUCUCCUCCGUCUCUCCCUGUGUACACUGUAUACGCACAUCUGUAUGACCUCCUGUGUGUACGCCUGGGUAAUUCCACAUCGUCUGCGUGUGCGCCACGUCUGACAGCGAGCAGGGUGAGCGGCCUUUGCCCCGGCGUCGCUAGUCCUCACGUCUUUGUUCCUGUUGACUCCCCCCGGCCUUCGUUUGUGGUCUCGCUGGGUUUUUCUUGCCUUGCACACUUGUAAGUGAAGCACAGUUUUUACUGUCAUCGUGGAACGCGUCACACGCCCACCCCUGCCCACCCGUAC